AUGGACCAGCAGGAAAGAAAAGAGCCAAUUCUCCUGCGGAAACUGGAACAGCAGUGGCCUAAACGUAGUGAUGAGAGCAAUCAUUGGGCAGAAAGCAGAAUCACCAAUCAGAACGAUGGCGUCGUAUUUUUCCUGCUGGACUGUGUAAAGAAGUUAAAAGCCUUUGAUGGAGAAGUAUCAAAACUGUCUCAAGCUGAUUCCUUCAUGUAUUUACUAAUCCAGGUGCCAAACUAUGCUCUUAGGAUUGAAGCCAUGGUGUUAGAGAGGGAGUUCUCACCCUCCUGUGCUUCUCUACAGGAUGACAUGAAAAUUAUAAGACGGGCAACAAAAGAGUUAAUGACUUGUGAAGAACUGCAUUCCAUAUUGCACUUGGUCCUUCAGGCUGGGAAUAUUAUGAAUGCGGGAGGUUAUGCUGGCAAUGCUGUUGGAUUUAAACUGUCAUCACUGCUCAAGCUGGCGGACACAAAAGCAAACAAACCUGGGAUGAAUCUGCUGCAUUUUGUUGCUCUGGAAGCUCAAAAGAAAGAUGCUGCUCUUCUCAACUUUCCAGAAAAAAUUAGGGAUGUUCAUGAUGCUGCCAGGUUAUCCAUUGAUAAUGUAGAAGCAGAGCUCCACUCACUGUCUUUCAAGACAAGAUCUGUUAAAGACAGCAUUCGGCGUGACCCAAAGCUCUUUCACCAGAUGGAAAGCUUUCUCCAGUUUGCUGUAAGACAUCUGAAGGAGCUUGAACACCAGAAACGAGAAUUACAAAAGGAGGGAAAUGCUCUCAUUGAUUUUUUCUGUGAAGACAAAGAAACUAUGAAGUUGGAUGAAUGUUUCCAGAUAUUUAGGGACUUCUGCAUAAGAUUCAACAAGGCUGUUAAGGAAAAUAGGGAACGAGAGAUCCAGGAACUUCAUAGUCUGCAAAGGCGAAAGGAACUGGAGGAGAAGCGUCGAUCCUGGGCGGCUGGAGAGCUUGGGAGCUUUGGACGGAGCAGCAGUGAAAAUGAUGUGGAGAUGUUGGCCAAAAAAGGACUUGAAGAAUUUCUUCCCUUCUUGCAGCAGAGACCUCAAAGCCCUUCAUACAGAAACCCCAAUUCUAGACGUUCUCGACUUUCUUUGGGGAUUACUGCAGACAGGGAGUUGCAGAGUUUCCUGGAAAUCUCAAAAGAUGAGGAUCCAAACAAGUUUAACAGCCUUCCCCGUGCAAACACCCGACAAGCAAGACCAAACGUAGCCUGGACUGAAUCCAAAGAAACAAGAGAUCUCAACUUAAAUACCUUGAACAUACACCAACAGUCUGAAACCAAAGUGAAAAGUGGUGGCCUGCUGCAGGUGCCUCCAGCUCAGCCCAGUCACUUCAGUGGCUCAGCCGGUCCUGGUGCCCGUUACUCACAGAGAAGCACCGACUACAACAUGCGCACUUCCAGUGUGUCCUGCGAGGAAUCCACAGAUAUAAAUGCUCUGGCCCUCGCAAUUGAGGAGCGGGAACUUGUUAAAGGAUUACGCAAGUUUGAUAUUCAAGGAGCAAAGCCUGCAGAGGAUACACCUUUAAUAUAUUUAGAGGAUGCUGGUGGAACAGACUUGGAGACUCUAGAUGAUCUAAGCUUUCAUUCCCUUAGCACUGCUGAUGAUGACCUGCCUCCAGUUUGCAGAAGUUCCAGAGAGGCCCAUGACCAUAAGGGCAAGGCAGUGGGUUGUAAGAGUGAAGCUUCAGAGCCCAGCAGCAGCAGCCCCAUGUCGAUGGAUACAAGCGUUUCAGGAAGCAGGGAAGAUGGGCCAAUGUUCUAUGUGUCAGAUACAACAACCGAUUGUUCUUUGACAUUGGACUCUGAAGAGGUAAAUGAUUUUAAAUCAGCAGGCCAUGAAAUAAGAAGUGAGUCUGGGAAAGCACGCUCUUCUCAGAAUGAUACUCAAUACAGGGCUAGAACAUUCUUCUCAAACUUGAAUCCUGCUUCUGCCAAGGAUCUGUCUCCUCACACUUCUGCAAAUGAUAGGGAUGAUGCCAAUAGCAAGCACAACCUUCCUAAAGAAAAGCCCAUAAAAAAUAAAGACCUAUCAGGACCAAAGAGAAACUCCCUAAAAGACAGAUCUCCAAGCUCCUCAAAAUCCAGUGGCACUCGCCCUAGCCACACGGCUCCUUCCAGACCCAUAAGAACUCUGAAUGCCUCUGAGAAUGAAAGUAUGAGGAAAGUGGUGCCUAUUUCUCGGUCAAACAGAGCACCGAGCAGCGUCAAAAAGCCGGAAGCCAAGCCGGCACUUCGUGAAACUAGUACAGUGGAAAGUCGGCUGUCUCGCCGCAGCUCUGUCCGAGGCACAACAGACACACUGCCAAGAAGUCCUUACAGGCAUAGCAUGUCGGUAGAAGAGCCAAAGUUACAAAGGGGCACUGUCACCUCAAGCAGUGCUCAUUUUGAGAGGGACAGAGUCUCUCUCAAGAAGCCAAGCUCCAAACCCGUUAGGAGUAACGUCAAAUCAAAGGUAGAUGAAAUGAAGAUGUGUCGCUCCAGUGUAAAACCGCAGACCCCUGUAGAUGAUACCAAGGUUGCCACAGUCAGUGUUCCCAAAACACCAUCCACUAUCCCAAACUUUGCAAGGAAUACAGUGGCUUCUUCUUCAAAGCGUGCAAAAGUGGAUCUAUCCUGCUCAUCCAAACCUCCAACCAUCACAAGGUCUGUGUCCCAGAGGCUGCCUAAAGUGAAGCCAGUGUCAACCUCUGAUGAUCCGAGUCCGAAGGAGAACAGUGUGACUACCUUAAAGAGAGCAAAUAGUGCCAGAGUGGUUGGAAGAACCAUCCUGCAGGGAGAAGCUGUCAGCGCUAAAGUAGAACCUGCACCAAAGGAGCAGGAAACAGUGGAAAAGGCCUCUCUUAAACUGAAAGAUGCAAACCGGACCACAAUUGGGAAAAUACUGAAGCCGUUACUGAAAUAA